CCGUGAACUAUUAUUAUUGUUUCAGUUAUUUUAUGCACCAUUUUAUCUAAAAGGAACUAAUAGUACUUAUUAUAUUAAAUGAUGGGUCGUUCUCACUCUCGCUACAGCUCCUCAAGUUCAUCAAAUGAAAAGCGUAAAACAUAUCACACGAAACCCCACAGUCGUUCACAUCGUAAGAAAGUCAAAAGAAAAUCAGUCAAUCGGAAUGCAUCGAAUAGCCGUCAAAAAGAUAAAAUACUCAAUCUUACUCAAAAAGUGUGCAAUAUGGUUGAUGCUGAUAAGAAGCGUAAUCGUUCUGAAAAGCAUAAGAAUAAAUUGACAUCUUGUGGAUGUCCAUAUAAUUGUGAAGACGAGAUCCUGACAUUACGUAACAGCAUUGAGAACCUUCGUUCCGGUUUAAGUCUUUGUCACAAAGAAAGGCCAAUUUUUCAGCUCGAUCAUUUUGUUGACGAUCAUUAUCAGCUUCUUUCUGAAGCUUGGAUUUCUAUCGGUCCAUCUAAGCUCAAAGAUCUAGUAUCUGCUAAUUUACUGUCAAUAUGUGCUCGACGAGAACGUAGGGAUAUGAAACAUUCAUCUGGUAAGAACCCCAAGGUUUCAUGUGUUGUCCAACCCUAUGUAUCUUUUGACGGAAGUGACUACCAACUUGGGAUUUCGGAGUUGUGGCAUAGAUGUAUUCAGGAGCUGAAUGAUUUGUCAAUCGACCAAAUAAAAGCCAUUCUAAGUGGAACAAUGAACCUUGAUCCGGUUGAAUUAGUUCGUCAUCCUAGUAACAAAAGUGAGAUUGUCAGCUCCGAAAAAGAUAACUGCUCUCAUUCCCCUAAACUAAAUCCAGUAUGUGAAAAGAAUUUUGAAAUGCAAGUUCACGAUGCUGAUUCAACUACUGCCUUGUGUUCAGUACUUGAAAAUCAAUUUGAUGUUCAAAAAGCUAAUGAUCAUAGGAUUAUUGAUGAUAAACUUUACAAAAAUUCGGAAUCAUUUACAAAAUCCUGGUCUUCUACAAGUCCAAAAGAUUGUAGAAUUGAGGAAAAACAUUCAACUGGAGAAACUUGCUGUAUUUCAGAUUCAAAGGAUUUAGUAGAUUUAGUUCAUCAAGAAAUUACAGAACUUGAAAUGCGAGCACGAGCUAUUCGUGCAAUGCUUAAAACUAAAUCGAAUCAACUCAAAUCAUAAAUUUGUAAAUUUAUUCUUGAAGCAUAAACAUGUCAUCUAUCAAUUGUUAUCACUAUGGUUAUUAUUAUAAAACAUUGUUUUCACCAAAUCGUAUGUUUCGAUUUUUUCAUCCCAUUUUAUUUCCUUUCCCCGUUUGUGUGUGUGUGUGUGUGUGUUUGUAUAUAUACAUCCCGGUUGUUUUCCUACUAUUUGUAUUAUGAAACAGACCAACUAUUCACGUAUAUACAUAUAUUAGUUUGAUUCUUAUAUCAUUUCUAUUUGUUGUUUAUAUUAUCUACCAUUUGGUUUGUUAUACUCAAUGAAAUGAGAUUAUGUACAUUAAUAAAAUUUCAAUAAAUAUAUACUUGCCCCCCCCUUCCAGCCAAACAAAUUGGUGAAGCCUAUUAAGCCCUUCUGGAGAGAAACAGGCCACAUCAAAGCACGGCACAACUACCGGGGCUAGAAUAGUUGUUUCUGCAAUCCUUUGAAGUUUGCCCAAUGAUGAGCAACUCCAUAUGAUACAUGCACCACUUUCGAAAAUUUUUUUUGUCGUUUUCCAUUUCAAAUGUAAUUGUGUUGUGUUUCUCUGUGGGUUUCGUAAUCGAUUGGUGGGUAUAAGUAAGAGUGGGUAAUUAGCCCGAUCUCCACCACCCGGGUUACCGCUCACGUUAGUUCAUGAGUUAUUCGUCUCAUUAUCCAGGAGGCACGACGCGAACAUGUGAGUUGGAUUUUGCCUCUCAAAUAUAUACUUAACUGUUUACUAAUAAAAUAAUCAUUUGUUUAUGUAUGACAAAAUUGAAGUUAGACAUUAACAUCAUUGGAUGCGUACGCUUUAUGGUCUAGAGGUUAAGUGUUCGCUCACGAGACCUAUGGCCAUAGGUUCAAGUCCAAUAUGCGGUAUUGUGGAUGCGCAUCUCUGAGGAGUUUUAUACUAAAACAAACCAGCCAUCCAUUAAUGGUCUAGCUUAGAUUAGCUCAUAUUAUUCAACUGUUAAAAAUUAUUACAAUCUCUACAAAUCAAUAUUUUGAUAAUAAUUUCUCUCUACAGUCUUCAUUUUGUUAGGUCUGCCUCGACGUGCGAUAUUUUUUGGUGUAGGAGUAGACUGGAAGAAAGCCAGGGGCGGCCAGACCAAAACAUGGCACAAGUCCAUGAAGUCACUGACAAGUGGACUGACCCAUGUUGGUAGGUGUAGACUACCUGGUUGGGGACCGCGAGGUGAUAGCAACCGAUGGUUAGAGACCCUGAGUGACGUGGCUCAAAAUCGUUUGCAAUGGUGCAGGUGCAUCCACUCUUUGUGUUCUCUCAAAUUCUAAUCUUCUGAAUUCUUCAUGUCCCUUUCUUUUUUCUCUUUCCAAAUUUAUUUCACUGGGUAAUACUCCUUGAAUAACAUCUUCAAGCCCUAAUGUUUUCGAUUACUACUCAUACUCUUACUACCUGUACCACUGGGAUUUGAAUCGACGAUUGUAUCUUUGUGCUAAUGUGGUGUGGCAACUCGAACUGAUGUGCGUACGUACGAAGUUCUCCGUUGUUACUGACUGACUGACUG